AUGGAAAGCAUCUCCUACCAACGCUUCCCGAAAGUCAAAAUCCGAGAAAUGAAAGACGACUACUUAAAAUUCGAGCUCCGUGAAACGGAUGCGUCAAUGGCCAACGCUCUUAGGCGCGUGAUGAUCGCCGAAGUCCCAACAAUCGCAAUCGACCUCGUUGAAAUCGAAGUGAACUCAUCGGUCUUAAACGACGAGUUCAUCGCUCACCGACUUGGCCUCAUUCCUCUCACUAGUGAGCGCGCUAUGGGGAUGCGAUUCUCACGUGACUGUGACGCUUGUGACGGUGACGGUCAGUGUGAGUAUUGCUCUGUUGAGUUUCACUUGAGAGCUAAGUGUAUGACGGACCAGACGCUUGAUGUUACCAGUAAGGAUUUAUACAGUUCGGAUCAUACGGUUACACCUGUUGAUUUCUCUGAUCCUUCUGACCCUAAUGAUCCGUUUGAGAAUACGGAGACGCAGAGGGGGGUUAUUAUUGUGAAGUUACGCCGUGGGCAAGAACUGAGGCUGAGGGCCAUAGCAAGGAAAGGGAUUGGGAAAGAUCAUGCGAAAUGGUCUCCUGCGGCUACUGUAACUUUCAUGUAUGAACCAGAUAUUCAUAUCAAUGAAGAUUUGAUGGAGACUUUGUCACUUGAGGAAAAAAUAAGUUGGAUUGAAAGCAGUCCAACUAAAGUGUUUGAUAUUGACAAUGUUACCCAACAGGUUGUAGUGGUUGAUCCUGAGGCCUAUACUUAUGAUGAUGAAGUGAUUAAGAAAGCAGAAGCUAUGGGGAAACCGGGACUUGUCGAUAUUCGUGCCAAGGAAGACAGUUUUAUAUUUACUGUGGAAUCAACUGGUGCAGUUAAAGCUUCUCAGUUGGUUCUUAAUGCUAUUGAGAUUUUAAAACAAAAACUUGAUGCAGUUCGGCUUUCUGAUGAUACUGUUGAAGCUGAUGAUCAGUUUGGUGAGCUCGGUGUUCACAUGCGUGGAGGCUGA